CUAUGUGAGCAGAGACACUUUCCACGCCACCAUGAAAGAGUGGAUUGCCCAGUGCAGCCAGGACAGCGCUGAUGUGGAUGGCAGUCAUGUAUCUUGGCCAGACGCUUCUAAAGUGGCUGUAAAUGGGCUAGAUCUCUCAUGUUCUCAAAGCAAAGCAGCUUCUUCAGAAAGCCACCAGUGCUCCUGUGAUGGAAAAGACCUGUUAGGCACAGUGGCUGAACUGAAGCACGCUCACCGCAUGCUGAGUGAGCAGAACAGCAGCCUGCUCAGGACGGUGGUUCAGUGUGAAGACAUAAACCUGCAGCUCACUCUGGAGAUCACCGAGCUGCAAGCAAAGCUGGCAAGUGCUGAACAGUCAGCAAUGAGAGCCAGAUCUCUGACAGAAGACCUGGAGGAGACCCGCCGGGCAUUUAAAGAGGCCCAGGAGAGAGCCAGUCACUCCCAGAGCAGCUUCACCAAACUGAGCAAUGAGGUUGAAUGCCUGAAGGUGCACAUUAGGAGGCUUGAAGACAAGAAUGAAAAGCUCGUCUUUCAAAGGACAUGUUCUGAAGAGAGCAUCACCAAACUCAGGAAGGUUAAUGCUGAGCUGAAGGCCGAACUUCAGGAAACCCUGGUUUUGCUGACACUGAGAGAUGAAGCGAUCACAAAGAAAGACAUUCUUAUGGAUAAGAUGAAGAACUCUCAUGUGGAGAAUCACAACAUGAUUGAGGGUCUGCAGUCUGAGCUAAUGAAGUUACAGGAACAUUCACACCAAGUUCUUUUGAGGUAUGACAGAUACUGUGUCAGUCCUCAGAGUCUCUACAGUCGAGAUCCCCCAAACCACUGCUCUCUGCAGAGCGAGAUACAGGAUAUGCAGCAGCAGCAUCACAGAGCUCUGGGCGACAUUAGCCUCCCAUCACUUCACCCACACAGCGAUGAUAUUCAGAGCAUCAUCCAGAGGAUCAAGAGUGCAGAAAUAGCUAAUUUUGUGCACAGUAACUAUCCUGAGAGGGAAUCUGCUCCUGUAGAAACACAGGAGAGGCUUUUUCCUCACUGCCAGCAGCAACAGGCAAGCAUCAAGCAGCAGCUUGUCAAUGUGUAUGCUGCAGGAGCUGGAGCUGCACAAGUGUGUGUGGGAGGAGGCAGGCGAAAAGGUGGAGGAACGGUGGAGAGCGUGCGAGAAGGAGCAAAAGCAAAGCCAGACUCAGAUCCAGGAGGCCAAAAAGGUGGCUGUGGUGAACUGGUGGAAAGCCCUCAGUGUGGAGAGGGCUCAGGCUCAGAAAAAAGAAACCCGGUCAAUCCAGGAUCUUUCUGA